AUCCAAACCCAAACCCGAACCAUUUUCGUUGAAGAAGUUGACGAACCUGUCUGGUUUUGUUGCGUUCUUCCGAUUUGGGUUGGAGAGGAAAUGGCGUCGGGAUGGGGAAUAACGGGAAACAAAGGGAGAUGCUACGAUUUCUGGAUGGAUUUCAGUGAAUGUAUGUCUCACUGCAGAGAGCCCAAAGAUUGCACUCUUCUUCGUGAAGAUUACCUCGAGUGUCUCCACCAUUCCAAAGAGUUUCAAAGAAGGAACAGGAUAUACAAGGAGGAGCAGCGUAAACUAAGAGCAGCUUCGAGGAAAGGUGAAGAAGCCGGAGAUGGGACUCAUACCCAUCACUAGUCUCAACAAUCCUCCUCCAGAGAAGAAUAAAAAAAGGUUCAUGGAAGAUUUUGUAUCUUGGAAUCUCAAAACGCUUUGAUUGUUUUUCAUUUUUCAAUUUAUCCAAUCAUGUUCUGCUUCCUUUUCAUGUUAAAUCGUCUCAACACACCUUGAGACAUGUACUUUUUCUCCUGAAUUAUGGAAAUAUAUUGUGCAACAUUUA